AAGUAGAAUUUGAAAAUUCAGUUCAGUGUAGCGUCGCACUCCGGUCGGGUGUUGGACCUACAGUACGGCAGCGUUUAUGUCGGUCUUUAACCCGACCAAGGUGGAAAGGGGUCACAUCCUCCUGACUAAUUGGAACCAAAUAGUUCUUGUAUUCUUUGAGGCGCUGAUCAACGCAUUGCUUUGAUCUAUUCAUCAUGUUUGCUGUGGUCGUCUUUCAUCCGAGGCUGCGGUGUCUUAGUUUUGCGAGUGGUUUCCACGUCGCAGGUCCCAAAUCCAGCGCACAAACUAACUAAGCGAAUAGCUGGACUCAGUUUACACUUCGCAUAUUCGCCAGAACCGCUUAGUAAUUUGUUUUUUAGCUGGAUAUCCUUGGCUGGAUAUAAGUCCGGGUUCGUUCCGGUUAUAUAAACUCGACUCCCGCGGGAGGUUAAGUGUUCUUUUGCGAAGGCGAAAACUCCCUCUGCUUGAUUGAAAUACACAGCAAUAAUUUCUUGUAAUCGAUUGAAUGAAAUCGUUCACACAUCGUUCCCUUCUAGAACUAUGUACAUACAUACUCGUAUGUACGUUCGUGUGUAGCGAAGAAUAUUGCUUGUCAUAACAUUACAAAGAUUCACAAAUGAGAACGUAAGACGUUUUAGUUUACUUUUUUAUUCUUUUUUGAAUUUCCAUUUCAAUAACAUCACGCUGGGUAACAAGAAAAGUCGGCCAAUAGUUAUACCACCAGAUAAGGCGAUGGAGCAAUAUAUAGCGGCCCGUUAUGACGAAGAAGUUCAUGCGACCUCAAUGCGCGCGAUCCGAGCUCGGAACACUAAAUUACAAACGGAGAGUAAACGUGUAAAAUUCUUCGACUUCAAGGGACUAAUGGCGCCUGUCUUCACUGCCUUCAAAAAUAAUGAAGAACAAUCGUUGGAAGUCCAGCAUAUCGAUCGUUACGCGGAAUGGCUGAAAAGUAAUCGUAUAAGUGGUGUUUUAGUUAAUGGCAUGUCGGGUGAGGGUCCCGCCUUGGGUUUGUCGGAGCGCAUGCGGAAUGCCGAGGCUUGGUGGGAAGCGGCACAAAAAUACGAAUUGGUUAUGUUUCUGCAAGUCGGCGGCGCACCCUUGCCCGAUGUACUGGUAAUGGCCGAUCAUGCGCAUGACUUGGGCGUACAUGCAGUGCUCUGCCUACCCGAGCUCUUCUACAAGCCCACCACAAUCGAACAGCUGGUCAGCUAUAUGCGGUUGGUCGCUCGACGUUGUGCCGCACUGCCGUUCUUCUACUAUCAUUUACCGCUGAGCACGGGCGUCUACCUUAACAUGCGCGACUUUUGCAAACUGGCCGAAGAGACCAUACCGAAUUUCUAUGGCAUACAUUUUGCCAGCAACGAUCUGGACGAUGGCGAAGCGUGUUUGCGUGAAGGACGCGUCAUUAUAUUGGGCAACAGUCGUCUGCUGGCCUGCGGCUUAUUGGUGGGUUUCGAAUCGGCUUUGAUGACAGUCUUAAAUAUACGCCCCGACUUGGGUUGGGCCAUUUGGAAUGCGAUGUUGAAUAAUAAUUUGGAGACGGCACGUGACACGCAAAUGCUUUUGAAUAACAAGAUAAGCUACUAUAUGGGACGUUCCAACGAGCAUGGUUACAUAGAGGCGAUGAAACAAUGGUUCGAUGAUGAGGUGCGGCAGGGUAAUGGUCCGGGAUUCUUUAUCGGUUCUGCUAGAAAAUUCUUUUAAACGUACUAGUUUGUGUUCGUAACUGGUUGCGUUGAUGUUUCAGCAUUAAUCUUAAUACAAAUAUGUCAAUCUA